AACAACAUGGCUGCGUGGCCUACCAAAUUUGUUAAAAGUUCUCAACUCAGUAAAAGAAGACCGGUCGUGGUAGCUUUAUGGUAGAGCUUUCGCUUCGAAACCGGGAGGUCGUUGGUUCGAGCUCCGCUCAUGCCAUGGCCGCGUCAAACCUAAGAUGUAAAUAUUGGUGGUGAUUGCUCCUUCCUCAAACGCUCCGGCAUUUAGAAGUGAGAAUCAUGGGUCUUUCCGAUAUAACCUUAAAACGGAGGUCCCGUGUCGCAGAAUGGAUUGACAAGUUAAAAGACCCUCACUACUGUGGCUUUGAGUGCUAAGCAUAGGUCUAAAUUUGUGGUACUUCACCUACAGUUCGUGACGUCUCGAAAUGAGGGGAAAGUUCCCAUCGGAACGUAAAUCAAGCAAACAACCCGGUAAGAAAAGAAAAAUUGCUUCACCUAGACGCUUGAAAAAUUACGAAGGCAGUCAUGAUAGUUGGAAAACUGACCACGCUUGGCUGGAUAUGAAUGGGAGAUGCAUUACUGUUUAAAACAAUGAAAGGCAUUUUGGUACAGUUCUAUCUUUUUCCUUUUGUGCUAUAUAAGGUACAUGUAUCUUGUCAUCGUCAGAAACUCACGGUCGGUCGCACUUCUUUUCCCUCCCGUGGGACCUUACGUGAUCUAUCAAGGACCAAUGAGAAUCGCCAUAGAAGGAUGUUAAAGUUGACCUAAGUUAUCAGAAUGGAGACUUCUAGCUCACCUAAUAAGUCCACUGCAGCAAGCUUUUCAAGCAAGGUGAAGGCUGUGUUGAUGAGGGCUUGGAGAGAGCGCUGGACGGACCACCAGUGGGGAGUUCACAUCAAGUCAGUUGUCAGCUCUAGUAGUGGGGAGAACAAAGAGCUACCAGAAAUACUUCUGCAACAGGCAUUAGUGGGACCCAGUCCAAAUGCUCUUAUCCUGGGCUACCUCAAGCACAUUGUACUGGCACAGCUGAUUCCCCCUUGUUCAGUGCUGAAUUUAAUUCAGAAGUAUGAUGACAUUAAUAAACCCUACUGCACUAUUGGGCUGAUAGAUGUCACAGAGGCCAUAGCUUGUAACAUCAGUUUCACCAGUGGUUUGGAAUCUAGCGUGGUUCUGUGUAAAUGUCUGCAGAAAAUCCUCCAUUGGUUGAUGAUGUGUAUUCUCCAGUCCCUGAAAAUUAUGAAAGAUGUGCAACAACAGCCAGAAUACACCAGUGUGAUAGACAGCGCCAGUGUGGCUGCACACAGAAUCGCAGAUCAGCCCACUGUUCAAGCUCUACUGUAUGUGGCCAUGUCAGAGGAUCAAGAUAACUACAGAGAAUAUGAGCAGACAGUUAUUAAUGUGCGGGGCACAUUAAGUCAGUCUUUGUCGGACAUGCUGCCUUCACACACAAAACAGAAAGUGGGUACAGCACUGCAGACCCUGUCAAAGGUACAGGACAUGAGUUUGCCCAACAAGGCCCUUUGUGAUGUGACUCAUCUUGGUAUCUGUCCAGCCAUUAAUUCGCUGGUGACCUUAGAGGCCAUACUGAAUCCCACCAGUGAUGUUCAGCCUUUUAUCGACCAACUGUGUGUUUCAGAAAGACUUUUGCAACUAUCAAGGCCCUUCCUGUAUUGUGAGAUCUUCAGGGCAUGUUUUAUGGGAUUGAACAACUGUACAGACACCCCAGAGGAGAUGAAGUGGGCAGCAUUCACUUAUCUGAAGCUGCCUCAGAUUCUGCGGUACAUGAAACAGAUGUCCUCCAAUCAGGACAUUGGUGAAGACCUGUUCCUGGGUCUGAAGGAGCUGAUGAACUCUGUCCCCCUCCUGGACCUCGUGGAAACCAAACUCAAGUGUGAAUGUCUGAAAUAUUUAGUUGGAGAAUUCAGCAAAAAUGAUCUACUAGAUAAAACACAGGCUCAGAUGCUUCAGAACAAAAGAAUUACGGACUCCGGAAACAAGAUGGAGACCAGUGGCCAGUCCUCCCCAAUCCAGGUCAUUCGGAAUGAACAGCAGAUUCCGAGGAUUAUUAAGGGGCUGAGUAAUUUCUCACACCUUGAUUCAGGAAAAGAAAUUGCUACUCUGGAUAAUGCUGAUGCUUCUAAGACUCCAGUGGACGUAAUGAGCUGGCUGUGUCUACUGAUGUCGGGAAGGAAUCUUGAUUAUAUUUUGGCAGGGGCUGCAGCCACAGGAAAACUACAGAGUCUGGCCAACAAACUGGUCAAGAUAAAUGAAUUAGCAAAGCAGACCCAGGGAGAGACGGGGAAGAUGUCUCAAACUCGAGUUCUGCUGUUUGACAUUUCCUUCCUGAUGCUGUGCCACGCAUCCCAAAUCUACGGUCUGGAGAUCACGGCUCUGACCCCAGAGUAUACAGACUCAUUCUUCAUCCACUGGGCCACUAGGUGUCUCCCUGAAGACGGGAAAUAUAAAUGCAUAGAUAACUUCACACCUACAGAUCAAAGUAAAGUGGAUGUACUGAUUCAACACUUGGUAUCAGGUGUAGACAUCAGCAAACUAAGCAUCACAAGGUUGAAUGAAUUUUGUUUGAAUUUUCCGUUGGCUGUCCAAGAAAUUCUGAUUGCCUGGGAACAUGGUGCAAUUGUCACCGACACAAUAAAGGUGAUUGUAGAGAAUAUAAAGAACAAAAUGUGCUGUAUCAACAUUGUGCUGUGUGCUUGGUUGUGCAGUUACAUUAGUAUGGUACCAGACAAGGCCCGUGAGAAGCCAUUACAAAUGAUUCAGAUGUUACAAGCACCUGCCAUGAAUCCAGAUCCUGACCAUAAUUACAAUGAAAGAUAUGCUUUAAUGACUCCAAUCCUACAAAAACUUAUCAAUGACAUACUACCAAUGUCUCAGCGAAUAAACUUUAUCAGCUACGUCCCAUCUGACAAGCUCCCUAGUGAGGUCAUGGAUGAGUGCAUUAAGGAAGUCUUCAAACACGGCUGGCUAGACAUUAAGUCGGUUCAGACUUUGGAAUAUCUCCUCAAUCUCUGUGGAUCUGACUGGUUCUGUGACAGAUGUAUAGAGGUGAUGCUUGAGAGCAGUCGUAUGGAGGACCUGAUGAAGGCAUUAAGCCUGGUGUAUGCGAUAUUCCACAUGGACCUGGAACACAUCACUCUCAGUCUGCUAUUCCACACUCUGCCACGCCUCCUUCAGACCACCCACUACCACACCCUGCUCACCGACCCCCGGGGCAGCACUCUAGCCAAACUAUCCGUAAUGGUUCUUGUGUCUGCUCAAAACUCAAAGAAUUCUGAAAAAGACACUAUACCACAUUUGAGAAGAGGACGAAAGAGAUCCAGGAAGGAAGUAGAACUAGAGGAUGUGGAGGAGACAGAGUGCCGGCCUGUCAAAAGAAGCAAAUCCUCGUCGCUGGAGCCCCAGCUUACCCUGGACUCUGAGGGAUUCAACUUCGAUUUUCUGACAGCUAAGGAGGAUGGAGAGACUUCACCAACAUUUGAUACCAAAGAUCCUCUGAACAAAUCUUUGGCUAACCUAAUGCGGCUGAUGAACACUCUAUCCCAGGACAGCCAGGUCUCUCCCCGUUUGAGUUUUAUCAUCAGCUUUGUCCGAGAAGCCAUUCACAGUGGCAGUCAGAAUGCCAAGUUUGUCCUCCAGUUUAUGCCACCACAAAUGGUGUCAAAUCUACUGAGAAGUGUACAAGGUAUUCUGAACAAUAGACACAUUCUUCACAUCUGUGACCUGACAACAAGUAUCGGCAGGAAAGUAGCCACCCAGGCGAUCUGUCAGAACUCCAAACUUCACAAGUCAGCCAACAGUGCGUGAAAAAAAACCAGAACCUGAUUCUUUAAAGAUGGAGAUUUUAUAUUGGCACGACAAGUACAUUUGUACGUCGAAGGAAACAGCCGAUCUGAGAUGUCAAAUUAUAGAAGUUUCAUGGAACAUCAAAGUGCUCCAUUACCGUGGAGAUAGCAUGACAUGGCGGUGAUCUAGCACACCUGUCAACAGGUGUAUCAUAAUCACAUGAACUUGUAUCUCAAUGUUACUUCAUUUUUUACAUCAUGAAAAAUAAAAUAUUGAAGAAACUUAA